CCAAUCGCCGAGCUGUUCCGUCUGUUGUCAGCAAGGCGCCAGUUGUGUUUUUUGAACCGGUUGUUAGAUUUGUAAUUACUAUGGUUUUCCCUAUUACAGAAACAGAGAAAAAUAUGCUGACCCAGUAACUAUUAAUAAAUGCUAAAUAAUACUAGAACGUUUCGGCGUACCCGGCCUGGGAGGAUGGCCAUGGACACCCUUCUUCUUAACUCGGUGGAUAGGUUGCCUAGUCUAAGCUCUUGGUUAUCCUGUCCGUAACUAAACAUGGCAAAAUACUGAUGAGUAGACACAUGCAACACAAUUGCAACAUGGCAAACAGAAAAGAAGUAUUUCAGGAGAAACUUAUGAGGAGACUCUACCCAGUGCCUCCAAAAACUGAAAAACCGCAGGCGCCAUUGACCAGUCCAGGAUCAGUCUGUGACAAAGCAUGUGCCAAAGUGAAAACCAUUAGAGGCACAGUAGCAGCAGGAGAAGCAGGGAAAAGCAAGCCGCCGCUGACAAGGGUUUACACCGUGCUUCCUCCACCCGAAGGCUACGGGGCGGGUGACGGGGAGCCCGCCACACUUCCAGAGCCAGGAAGCGUCGAUACCGAAGGUGGCCCAGCUGCCGAGGCCAGAGACGAGAGAAGCCCCGAGCCGAGCGAAGGAGGACACCAGAGGAGGAGGCGGAAGAGGAGGCGUCACGGAGCGGCAGGAGGAGGAGGAGGAGGAGGAGGUGGAGGAGGCGCGAAGGAGGAGAGCGAACCAGGCGGGGCCCGGGAGGAGGAGGCCGGGACCGCCGGAGGGGACGCGAAGACGAGCAGGAACAGGAGGAGGAAGGAGAAGAAGAGGAGGCGCAAGGAGAGGCUGACCUCCCUGGGCCUGGCGCCCGGCGCCGCCGCCGCCGCGGUGGAGUUCACCUACCAGCCGGGGCCGGUUGGGGAGGAGGAGGCGGAGGAGGAGGAGGAGGAGCAGGAGCGCGGGGAGGAGAAGAUGGCGGAGCUGCUGGACUUCCUCCGGGCCACGCGGGAGAUCUGCCUCUCCGACCGUGGUGCGUCCGCGGCGGCCCAGGUUCCAGACGCCGUGAUGGAGGGCCUGGCGGCCGGCCUCGCCGCCGGGACGGCGCCCCCUGCUGACCGGGCUCGGCUGCGCCGCCUCCUGGCCCUGGCGCUGCGGCGGGACGCGGGAGGCCUGGCGGGGGCCCUGGAGGAGUUCGGCCGCGGCUCUGACAUGCCCCCCGCGGAGACGUCCGCCGUCUGCUCCCUGUUCCGCUAUUGGCUGACGGACGUCCUGCCGGUGCGGAGCGAUCCGAAGCCGGCCGGGAGCCCCGCCCCUCCGCCGGCGACUCAUCAGGAACCUGUGCUGUGACCGUCUGUGAACUGUCCCACCCAGUUGGAGAGACAUCUAGAUUUAUCCAAAAGGAAGAAAUCUGUAUUUUUAUAUAUUUUUUUAUUUUAUCGUCGACUCUCAUGUUUAACAAAGAGAAGCGUCCGUUAAUAACAC